AUCAUCACCACAUUGAUAGAAAUUGCAACUUCACACCCUAAAACAUUCAAUUAUAUCUCUCUAGCCAUCUCUGCAAUAAAUCCAGAAAACAGACUGUCACUUCUGUCCCCAGUAGUUAUCCCCUCCAGUACAGUCUCACUUGAACCAGGCAUAUUAAUUGUAAAAGCCGAAAGGGUUUUGAAUAUUAGUGAUAUUUUUUUGUUCUUUGUUUGUAAUUCUGAGUGACAACAAGGGCAUUUCAGUGUAGCAUUACCAUUUAGUGGAAACAAUCAGAAGAAUAUGUUGUGACCAGUUUUGGUAGAAUGAUAAGAGAUAAAGAGGAGUAGCAGAGCACCAACCUCAUCAUGUCAAGCAAUGCAAUCACUAUUUUUCUCUUGUUCCUCAACAUCUCUCUGUUCCCAGCCAUCUGUGCACUGAACCAGGAAGGCCUCUCUCUGCUUUCAUGGCUUUCAACCUUCAAUACUUCUUCCUCUGCCGCUUUCUUCUCUUCAUGGAAUCCAAACCACCAGAAUCCAUGCAAAUGGGACUAUAUCAAAUGUUCCAGUGCUGGUUUUGUUUCAGAAAUUACAAUUAGCUCCAUUGAUUUUCAUACUACUUUUCCCACUCAGAUCCUCUCCUUCAACUUUCUCACCACUCUUGUCAUCUCAGAUGGGAAUCUCACCGGAGAAAUUCCACCUUCCAUUGGGAACUUGUCAUCACUGAUUGUCCUGGACCUUAGUUUCAAUGCUUUGACAGGAAAAAUUCCGCCUGCAAUCGGAAAAUUAUCUGAACUGCAGCUAUUAUUGCUGAAUUCAAAUUCCAUUGUCGGAGAAAUUCCAAGGGAAAUUGGAAACUGUUCCAAGCUUCGACAGCUUGAACUGUUUGAUAAUCAGCUAUCCGGAAAAGUCCCUGCAGAAGUAGGCCAACUGUGGGGUCUGGCAGUUUUUCGUGCUGGUGGAAACUCAGGAAUUUAUGGAGAAAUCCCAAUGCAGAUGUCAAACUGCCAAGAACUAGUUCUCUUGGGUCUCGCAGAUACUGGGAUUUCAGGGCAGAUUCCAUAUAGUUUUGGACAGCUGAAGAAGCUCAAGACUCUUUCUAUAUACACAGCAAAUCUCACGGGUGAGAUUCCACCAGAAAUUGGGAAUUGCUCAUCCUUGGAGAAUUUGUUUGUGUAUCAAAACCAAAUCUCGGGAGAGAUACCAGCUGAACUAGGCUUGCUGAAAAAUCUUAGGAGGGUGUUAUUGUGGCAGAACAAUCUAGCUGGGAGCAUUCCGGCAACCCUUGGGAAUUGUUUGGGUUUGACAGUAAUUGAUUUCUCACUGAAUUCUCUGACAGGUGAGAUUCCAAUGUCUUUUGCAAAUUUAGGUGCAUUAGAGGAGCUUCUUCUGUCUGAUAACAACAUUUCUGGCAAAAUACCACCAUUUAUCGGCAGCUUUUCCAGGAUGAAGCAGCUUGAAUUGGAUAACAACCUGCUUUCUGGGGAGAUUCCAGCCACCAUUGGACAACUAAAGGAGCUCUCUCUGUUCUUUGCUUGGCAGAAUCAGCUCAGUGGAAGCAUACCGAUUGAGCUGGCCAAUUGCGAGAAACUUCAAGACUUGGAUCUUUCACACAAUUUCCUUUCUGGGUCAGUUCCCAAUUCUCUCUUCAACCUCAAGAAUUUAACCAAGUUGUUGCUGAUAUCAAACGGAUUAUCAGGUGAAAUUCCACCUGAUAUUGGCAACUGCACCAGUUUGAUCCGUUUACGCCUGGGAUCAAACAAGUUCACUGGUCAAAUCCCACCAGAAAUUGGCCUCUUAAGCAAUUUGAGUUUCCUUGAAUUGUCAGAAAAUCAAUUCACUGGAGAAAUCCCCCCAGAUAUUGGCAACUGCACUCAGCUUGAAAUGGUCGAUUUGCAUGGAAAUCGGCUCCAAGGCACCAUCCCCACUUCUUUCCAGUUUCUUGUCAGUCUCAAUGUCUUAGACCUUUCCAUGAACAGGAUGUCUGGUUCUGUUCCAGAGAACUUGGGCAGGCUUACCUCCUUGAACAAACUUAUAUUGAAUGAAAACUACAUUACUGGGCCGAUUCCAAAUUCACUUGGCCUCUGCAAGGACUUGCAGUUCUUGGAUAUGAGCAGCAACAGAAUCACUGGUUCUAUCCCAGAGGAGAUUGGUCGCUUACAAGGACUAGACAUCCUAUUGAACUUGAGUAGGAAUUCUCUUUCAGGACCCGUUCCAGAAAGCUUUUCCAAUCUUUCCAACCUCGCAAACUUGGACCUCUCUCACAACAUGUUGACAGGAAGCCUGAGAGUCUUGGGUAAUCUUGACAACCUUGUUUCUCUGAAUGUCUCAUACAAUAAUUUCUCAGGUUCUAUUCCAGAUACCAAAUUCUUCCAAGAUCUCCCAGCCACUGUUUUCUCUGGCAAUCAAAAGCUCUGCGUUAACAAGAAUGGUUGCCACUCAAGUGGAAGCCUCGAUGGCAGGAUAUCUAAUAGAAAUCUUAUCAUCUGUGUUGUUCUCGGGGUAACUCUGACAAUAAUGAUCAUGUGUGCUGUGGUAAUAUUUCUUCUCCGAACUCAUGGAGCUGAAUUUGGGAGCAGUAGCGAUGAAGAAAACAGCUUAGAGUGGGAUUUCACGCCAUUCCAAAAGCUGAACUUCUCCGUAAAUGAUAUCGUGAAUAAAUUGUCAGAUUCCAACGUAGUUGGAAAGGGCUGUUCAGGCAUGGUCUAUCGUGUUGAGACUCCAAUGAAACAGGUGAUAGCAGUGAAGAAGCUAUGGCCAAAGAAGAGUGAUGAGCUACCUGAGAGAGACCUGUUUUCUGCAGAAGUUACAACACUAGGAUCGAUAAGGCACAAAAAUAUAGUGAGGCUUCUGGGUUGUUGUGACAAUGGAAGAACUAGACUGUUGUUGUUUGAUUAUAUUAGUAAUGGGAGCUUUUCUGGAUUGCUUCACGAGAAGAGAGUGUUCUUGGACUGGGAUGCAAGGUACAAGAUCAUCUUGGGAGCAGCUCAUGGUUUGACUUAUCUUCACCAUGAUUGUAUUCCUCCAAUUGUUCAUCGCGACAUCAAGGCCAACAAUAUCUUAGUAGGACCACAAUUUGAAGCUUUUCUAGCAGAUUUUGGACUUGCAAAGCUGGUUGGUUCUUCAGAUUCCUCAGAAGCUUCCAACACAGUUGCAGGCUCUUAUGGGUAUAUUGCUCCUGAAUAUGGAUACAGUUUGAGGAUCACAGAGAAGAGUGAUGUAUACAGCUAUGGUAUUGUGCUCCUAGAGGCAUUAACAGGGAUGGAACCAACUGAUCACCAGAUUCCAGAGGGUGCCCAUAUUGUUACUUGGAUCAACAAGGAACUCCGAGAGAGAAGAAGAGAAUUCACAUCAAUUCUUGAUCAGCAACUACUGAUAAUGUCUGGUACACAGACCCAAGAAAUGCUUCAAGUGCUUGGGGUGGCUCUCCUCUGUGUGAACCCCAACCCAGAGGAACGACCCUCCAUGAAAGAUGUGACAGCAAUGCUAAAAGAGAUCAGACAAGAAAAUGAGGAUUACGAAAAGCCAAAUUUUCUUGGCAAGGGAGUUCCUAUCAACCCAAAAGCAACAGUUGACUGCUCUAGUUUCUCUAAAUCAUCUGAACCUCUAAUUAGAUCACCUACCUCAUUGCCAUAGUUUUUAAGUUCCGUAUUAAAUUUAUUGCUAUUUUUUCAAGCAACGAAAUAAUUUGUAUAGAUUGAUCUUUCCCUUAUGUAGAAGUAGUAGCAGUAGUAGCAGGACCUCAUGUUGUCAUUUAUUGUAAUUUUAGUUUUGCCUCAUUCAACCUACUUUCUUCA